AUGUCUCUCUCCAAACUCCAAGAACCAGUGAUCCUCGCCCAACUCGCCGGCGUAGUCGGCAGUGCAGUCUUCGCAGUCGGAAACUUUGCAAACUCGUCCACGGGUGUCAUGGCCGUCCUUGCCGACUCAUCCACCACUGAACUCCCGCUCAAGUACCAACUCACCAUUUGGCGCCGCUUCUAUGAGCGUGGGAAGGCUUUCUUUGCGCCUACGGCCGUGGUUAGUGCUGCUUCGUAUGGGUUGGUUGCUUACUUGAGCCCUGCGCUUCGCAACUCCGCCUUGCUCAGUAUGGGAUUGUGUGUCACCGCGUUGCCGUUCACCCUCUUUGGUAUUGGUCCAACAAACAACAAGUUGUUUGCAUUGGAGGAGAGGGCAAAGGCAGGAGAGACGAGUGAGGCAUUUGACAAGAAUGCUUUGGGAUUGUUGAACACAUGGAGGGGAUUGAAUGCCAUCAGGUUCAGUUUGGUUGGUCUUGGGUUCUUGAAUGGGUUGAAGGAUUUGGCUUUGAUGUAA